CAUCAUCCCAUUGGCUUAGAAGCUUCCGGCUUCUUCGUCUCGGACGAGAUCAACAAGACAUAUGAAAUCAACACGACAAUGAGUAGAUAUUUGGAUUAGAUAUAGGGUGAACGUCACUUCUUACACACUUUUACACUUUACAUUAACCUUUUGUCGCUUGUUUGUCGUGUGGGAUCAACCAGGGACAGUUGCCUGCCAACUACAGUAGAUUAUUUUCGCUCAAAGCGGAUUGUAGCCAUGAUGGCGUCAAGCUACAACGCUAAGGAAGAGGACGGACACCACUCGGGUGCUUCGAGUCACGGAGGCGCAGGAGCUGUGAAAAAUAAAAAGCCGGACAACACAGCGUUCAAGCAGCAGAGACUACCGGCCUGGCAGCCCAUCCUGACGGCAGGCACCGUGCUGCCAGCCUUCUUCGUUAUCGGUCUCAUCUUCAUCCCCAUAGGCAUCGGCCUGUAUGUCUCAUCAAACAACAUUAAAGAGUUCGAGAUUGAUUACACUGGUGUCGAUAUUUCCAGUCCAUGCUACAGCUGUGCCAAGAACUUCAGCUGGAACAACACAACACCUUGUCUCUGCUCUGUGCCCUUCACAUUGAAGCAGCCAUUUGAGAGCAAUGUCUUCAUGUACUACGGCUUGUCCAACUUCUAUCAAAACCACAGACGUUAUGUGAAGUCCAGGGAUGACAGCCAACUGAACGGUGACCAAUCUGCUUUGACGAACCCCAGCAAGGAAUGCGAACCAUACCGCACAAGUGAUGGACUGCCCAUUGCACCAUGUGGAGCCAUAGCUAACAGCCUUUUUAAUGACACUCUUGAGCUGUAUCAUAUUGAUUCAAAUGGUAGCAGAAAUGCCAUUCCUCUGGUAAAGAAGGGCAUUGCGUGGUGGACAGACAAGCAUGUGAAGUUCAGGAAUCCUGGUGGAAACAACAACCUUACCCAAGCCUUCCAUGGCACAAGUAAGCCAGUGAACUGGAGGAAGCCAGUGUACGAGUUGGAUCCAUCGGAUACUGAGAACAAUGGUUUCAUCAACGAAGACUUCAUUGUGUGGAUGCGUACAGCCGCAUUACCCACCUUUCGCAAGCUCUAUCGCAUCAUUCAGAAGAAACCCAACACGACCCCCACUCUACCUAGUGGCAGUUACGUCUUGGAAAUAACUUACAAUUACCCUGUGCUCAGCUUUGAUGGUCGCAAACGGAUGAUCCUCAGCACUAUCUCCUGGAUGGGAGGGAAGAACCCCUUCCUUGGCAUUGCCUACAUCACUGUGGGCUCCAUCUGCUUCUUCCUGGGUGUGGUUCUGCUCAUCAUCCACCACAAAUAUGACACCCGCAACAGCAGUGCAGAUAUUCCAAACUAAACUCCUCUUUUAUCAUGCUUUCCUGCCUCUGCAUGCAUGGGUGACCCUAAAGGGUCCAUUCUGGACUGCUUGUUGAUUUUAGUGUGAUUACACUGGUUUCUAAUCGUCUGUUGUGUGUAUGUUCAAAGACAACACUGUCUAUAGUGUGUCAUCAAAAGCUGUGUUUAUUUGUAGGACAACUAAGGCAAAAGAAGGAUGCUAGAGCUUGCAUUUCUGUGCAUAUAGCUUCAAGUCAGCUGCUGAGACUUCUAAUGAAAGUUUUUAUCUACUAUUUAUCUAUACAUUCAAAGUAUAUCUGUGUUUUAUUUUAGCAGUGCAUCGCGAAUGGCUUAGUUGUUGAAGGAUGUAUGUAUUUUUAUUGCAAGUUUUGUGCAUAUUAUGUACUGUAAUGUGUCCUGCUGAUGAAUGUACCAUUAUAUUUUAUCGACAUACCUCUGUGCAUUUUGAGAUAACCUCAAAUAUAGUAUGGGAUAAGCAUUGCUCUUGUGCUGUUUGUUAUGGUUAACAUUGAUGUUUAACAAGAAGUAUUUCAUCCUGGAAGAGUCUUCACAAGUGAGGGUAUCUAAUUACCACUGCGACUGGCUGUGUGAAGGCACUGAGCCAGUCAUAAGGCAUCCUCUUAAAAUCACAAUUUAAUUCUUAUGAAUGAUGGAAAUAUUAUCCCACACCACUAUAUUCAGUAUUUGUAGUUCUAAGACUCUGGGCAUCAUGGAGCUGAUUAUAGCAAAAAAUGCUUCUGUUUCUACAGUUUGGCCUAUGUUUUAAGUUAUCUUGUGUUCUUCAAUGUUGACCAAAUGAUAUGCACUUUAAAAGUGACACAUUUGUUAGUUUUUCCUUGUUUCACUUCAUCUUCUGUUGUAAUAUUGCAUUCUUGAUUUAUUGAUAAGGAGUUAAUUGUUUAAAUUGGAAAUUUAUUGGUUUUUAUAAGGUUUGUAUGGUCCAAUUAAACAAUGUGGUCAAUGGUCAA